GAUCUUCAUUUCGACGAUCGCAACACGUACGGUUCCAAUCAGUUCUACCGAGAUGGCCAACACGGAAGGAGCACAGCAACAGCUACCGAGCUACCUCACGGAAUCGCUCAUUCAACGCUCCCUCGAGCACGAUCUGCAGCGUCCUGUGACGAUCGAUCGCUUCACGGCAGGACCAGCGACCGCGGCUGGUGAUAACUAUCUGAGUGAUGUGUUCUGGAUCCGUGUCGAGUACGAUGGUGGUGCUUCGGAGAAGCGGCUAAUAGCCAAAUGCAUGCCAGACGUUGGUGAUCGUGGAGCUACGCUGGAUGUGCUGGAUGCAUUUCGCAAAGAGUCGGAAACGUUCCAGCACCUGCUGCCGGAGUUUAGUCGACUGAUUUCACCCGAUGGCAAGGAGCAGUUUGGGGCUAAAUGUUAUUAUGCCACAACCGAACCGGUGCGUACGAUCGUGUUUGAAGAUUUGAAAGCACUUGGCUUUCGCAUGUGUGAUCGAACGAAGGGUGGACUCGAUUUCGACCACAUGGCGUUGGUAAUGCGCAAGAUAGCCAAGUUUCACGGUGCGUCCAUGCUGUACGCCAAACAGAGUCCGGAACAUGAGCGACGUUUGACCUCCCGUUACUCGUACGGACUCUACAAUCCAAUGGAAAAGCCUGAAGAGUGUCGUAUUCUUCAAGCACUGGAGAAAGGAUUGGAUAAGUUCAUUUCCGUUGCGAGCGGUUGGCCCGAGCUUGAUUCCGGUGUGUUGAAGCAGUUGAACGUUAUAAGGCCUACCUUCAAAGAACGCAUUGCCAAGUGUGUCAAUCCGCAACAAUCGGGUGCUCGCUACAAGGCACUUAAUCAUGGCGAUUUGUGGAGCAAUAACAUGAUGUUCCGAUACGAAAAGGAUGGCAGUACCGUGCGGGAGAUAAUGUUCGUCGAUUAUCAAAUUUCUACGUACGGCAGUCCAGGACUGGAUCUUGUCUACACGCUGUACAACUGUCCGCACCGGGACGUUCGUCUCGAUCGGCGUGAGGAACUGCUGAAAGAGUACCAUCAGGUGCUGCGUGAAACCUUGAAGCGGAAACACUACGAACCACUGCCGACGCUGGACGAUGUUAAGGAAGAAUUCACUAGGAAUGAAUUUUUCGGGCUCGUUUGUGCAAUUACGUUCUUACCGAUCAUGGUGAUGGAACGUUCUGACGAUCUGGAUCUUAGCUUCGAUGCCUUUUUCAAGGAGGAACAUGGAGAGCGUGUCCGAGAUGUGCAGUACAAUGGAGCCGCUUUUCGUGAAGUUGUGGUACCGGUACUGCAUAAUCUUCAUGCUCGUGGCUUUAUUCAGUAA